CCAGCUCGUAGUGCUAGGUGUUGUCUAACUCACUGGUGUAAGAGUGUGGGUGGCACUGGCUCACAGGUGUAAGUCGUUACAGGUAAACACCAUUUGCAGCUUGAAAAGGCAAUAUUUGGUGGUCACUUAUCUGGAAGAAGAGUGCGAGGUGUGAAAAUCAACCCCAUAUUCCACGACCAGGACAGCAGCAGUGAAGAUGGUCAUGACCAAGUGGAAUCUGAACAGACAACACAAGCAGACGGAACACAGCAGCUCAUCAGUCCAUUCCAUAUAGAUACUCCAGUGCACAUUGACGUCUACGAGAGUCUCCCACGACCAGGACAACAUGCCAGACUCAUCAGACACCAGUCAGAUUUUGUACCGUGUGAACCUCACCAACUCUACCUGGAUCUUGGUCAUUCCAGUGCCCAUUCCUUUCCUAGGACAAGUUACAUGUACAGCAGAAGCAGAAAGGCUUCAAUUACAAACCUUCCUCAGAAUCUGAGGCAGAAUGCUGAACGUCAGGCUCAGACAAGUCAUUUAGAGUCUGAAAGCAUAGCAGAAGAUGAUGGUUGUAUCAGUUUGUCUAGCAUAAAUUGUGUUGAAGAUUCUGCGGAUCCUAACAGUAUAGUUAUUUCUGACUGUGGUGCUACUGGAGGUAGUCAGAUAAUGGCAGAUGAUGACUUUAAUAGUCUACCAACUAUUUCUGAAGUCAAGGAAGAAUAUGAAAGGCCAAAUAUGUACAGUGACUUUGACACUUGUCAUAUAGAUAAUCCUCUUUCUAUGGCGAUUAGAACUGAUGAAAACAAUGAUGUACGUGUUGGCAAUAACAGCAGUGAGGACAUAAUUAAUAUGGAAGAGGAUGAAAGUGCACAUGUAUGUAGUAACUCAAAGAAUUGUCUUGUAGAUGGUUCGGUCUCUUUAGAGGCUAGAACUGGUGAAAGCAAUGAUGUACAUGCCAGCAUUAAUGGCAGUGAACAUAUACCUUCCACAAAUCUUUCAUCUAUAAUUCUAGAUACAGAGUUGUGUGACGGUGACACUGGGGAAGUAAGUAUUAAAACCAAGUCUUUCAAAACACUGGAACAAGAUCCAAAAAUCCUUAAGGAUUCAGAUUCACAUGUUGAACAAAUCCAUGAGGAGGAUGUUCAGGAGAAUAUGUUGUUGUACAGCAGUGAUGCUGACUGCAGUCCUACUGGAGACUUAAUGGCAGCACCCAAUCAAAAUCACAUUACAGACAAGGAAUCUGAUUGGCCAGAUAUGGAUGAUCUUGCCUUGCCUUGUGAUGACAAUGUUACCACUGAUGUCAUUGGUGAUCCAGAGUCAGAAGAUGAGAACUGUUGUAAUAUCCAUUUUGAAGAUUCAUCAGGGAAAGAUAAUUCUGAUGUCAUAUCAAAUGAUUCUAAUUCUAUGCCCUGGAGUUCUCCUUCAAGCUCUACUUGUACAUCUACAACGAAACCGCUCAAACCCAUUUUACAUUCUUUGACAUCGGGUGAAGAUACUGACAUCUCAGCUUGUGCUAAGAAGUCCGAGGUCUCACUGAACGAUAUUAAAACUGUAACAUUUGCAGAUGACACUGUGUUCAAUGAGGACAAACCAAAACGUUACCAAAAGGAAAAAAUAGACCUGAAGGAACUGUACAGGGACCGGAUCUGUGGUAAGCCAGGGUUUGGUCUGGUUAAUCCAGUGUUUGUGAUGAGUGAUGAGGACUCUGUGGAGGAAGGGCUGACCGACGAUGAGAAAGUGAAGAGAAAUUCUUUUCGCAUCAAUCUAGUCAAUGCAGCUCCCUCAAUUCUCGAUAAUUCAUCACUGAAUUCAGAAAGUUCAAGUCCUAUAGCUUGCAUGCCACUGCCGGAUCUGAACACCCCGUCGUACAUGAAGAAGUAUCUGACUAGGUCUGUGUGCCCCGUCAACUCACAGCAACUCGAACCAGCAGAAUCCAGUCUCAAUGUGCAGGACCAGGAAGCUCAUAUCAAUUCCAUCUAUGCUUCUUCUGACAUCAUCCAGGUGGCGCCUGUCACUGACACAGCACCGGGGAUGACAGCGCGACAGAAGAGAUUAAAAAUCAUUAAAGGAGUCAUCCUCGUUAUGGCUGCCUUCAUCAUCAUAGCUAUUGCUGUUGGACUUGGUAUUUUGUUCAGUCAGAGGAACGCAGAUUCCUAGAAUAAAUAAUGGGACAUUGGUAUUCCUGAAUCAAAGUUCACUCUUGGCUAGAUUGUGGUGCAUUGUUUGUUUAUCUGGAAAAACUAUUUGAUGAGAUAGCAUAACUUCAGCCAUCCUGAGUUCUAUGGUUCUAUAUUGCCAAAACAAAUCUCAACAUAGUAAUAAUGUAUAAUUAAAUUUCCAUUACAUUCAUUCAAAUUUAAUGUCAUCCUAUUGAUCAUGGCAACGCAAGUUGAUUCAUUUCUUAAUGAAUGUAAAAAUAAUGUCAUGGAACAUAUCUGAUGAUGUCACGUUAUAUUGGUACUUUGAUUUAUUGAGUAUUAUUAUUCAAGAACAAAAAAAUAAUAAUUCAAAAUAACAUAUGAACUUUUAGUGCUAUUAUUAGUAAGUAUGUUUAAAAUUAAUUAUAAGGAUUGUCUGGUAUUUCUUUUACAUUCAUUGGGGUAUGAAAAACAAAAUGAUCCACCAACUUAUGCAUGAACGGUUUCACCGAUUCACACAGUUUGUGGAUGAUUUUUUGUUCAUACGCUGAUAAACAUUAAAGAAAUAACAGACAAUCUGUAAACAAAUAUGGAAACUUAAUGAAAUAAAUAGUUUUUGUUGUUAAAUCUUUCUUUAGCUGCAGAUACGAAAUGAUGUGUGAAGUAUCUAAUACUAAUUAGGGUAUUACAACAAGUUAUUUGAAACCAUAAUUGGCAUCAGUAAUGUUUCAGGCCUUGAUAUAAGGCAGCUUGGGGUUAUAAAAACAAUGAUCACUUGAUUUUUACUUGAGGAGAUCAAUUUGUUGUUCACCUACAAGACCACCAGGUGUUACACCAACUGAUCUCCAGAAUCCAUCUCUUGAAAUCGCAAUGAAGUGAUACUAUAUUUUAGGUCAUGUACUUGGGACAUCAAAGUUUCGCAAUGAAGUGAUACUAUAUUUUAGGUCAUGUACUUGGGACAUCAACGUUUCGCAAUGAAGUGAUACUAUAUUUUAGGUCAUGUACUUGGGACAUCACAGUUUUGCAAUGAAGUGAUACUAUAUUUUAGGUCAUGUACUUGGGAUAUCAAAAGUUUCACAAUGGAGUGAUACUAUAUUUUAGUUAACGUACUUGGGAUAUCAAAGUUUCGCAAUGAAGUGAUACUAUAUUUUAGGUAAUGUACUUGGGAUAUCAGUUUCGCAAUGAAGUGAUACUAUAUUUUAGUUAACGUACUUGGGAUAUCAAAGUUUCGCAAUGAAGUGAUACUAUAUUUUAGUUAACGUACUUGGGAUAUCAAAGUUUCGCAAUGAAGUGAUACUAUAUUUUAGGUAAUGUACUUGGGAUAUCAAAGUUUCACAGGAUUUGGGGCUUGACAAUACCCUCUCCUCUCAAAGCAAAUUUUUUUUAAAAAUAUAUUUUCCCAGAGUGCAUGAAUUGUCCCCCUACGAACUUCCCUCAUGUUAGUCUAGACUUGCAUAAAUUCCUACACAUGCCUGAGCUUUCUUAUUUAAUUCUGCACAAAAAAAAUGAAAAUUAAAAAAGAAAUUGCAAUAAAUGGACAAGUAUAUUGUCGUAUGACAGACUAGUGUUCAAAUGUGUAUGUUAUGUUUGGUCAUUGUUAAAUAUUAUUGAUGUUAUAUUUUGUAUUUUGAAUAGAAGCAAUGUUAUGUUCAUGUAAAUAAAACUUGUUAUGUGUAAAUUAUCUUUAGGAUGUUUAGUAUAAAGUCUUUCAUUGUAAAGUGAAGAGUGCAAGUGCAAUGUGAAGUAUGGGUGCCAUUUCUCAAACCCUUGAUUACACACACACAAAAAGUUAAAUUAAAACAUUGGAAGCUAGAGUUUGGCUCCUUAGGCGAGCACAUUGCUUGAUCAAAUUUAGUGCUGCAAGGAAAAUUUGUUUCAGUGUUGUAUCUUGAUUUUCUAUGCAAAAUUCAAAUAUUGCUAUUAUAUUAACAAUUCUUACAUGUUAAAUAGUAGCUCCUACUCAAUUCAAUCAAUAAAUAACUGUUACUAAUCAAAAUUUUGAAAACAAAAUAUUGCCUGUAUUGUACUUUAUUAUAAAGUUUAUAUAAUGGUCAUCAUAACUUUAACCCUUGAGUCAUCUCUUCAGUGUAUUUGUAUAAUUAAACUUCAGUUUUCUAUAAAUUAUUAAUUUCUGUGCCAACCAAAUAUUAAAUGUAUGAUUUUAUUUGAUUUUAAUGUAUGAAGACAUUUAAUCCAUUCAUUCAUCCACCCACCCAUCCACCAACCUAUUUAUUCAUCCAACCCACCCCCCACCCAAUCACCAACCUAUUUAUUCAUCCACCCACCUACUCAUCUAUUCAACUACCCACCCAUUAAUUUCUGUUCAACCAUCUGAAAAUUAUUGACAAAAUUAACCUACUGAGAAAAGCAAUAGAACUGAAAGUCAUUAAAUAUAUCCGAGUUAUUUCUCAUAUGGUACAUACAUGUAGUUAUUUAUUAAAGCAGUGUAAAUAUAAAUAUUUAUUCUAUAACUUACCCAUAAUAUCCAUGUCAUAAACCUAUUUGAGUUAAAGUUUUGCUGUCAAUGUGUCAUUUGUUUACAGCCAACAAGACUUCUAUACCUGAGCAUAAUGUUUUGAUGAGAUUUAGUCAAAAGUGCAUGAUGUAAUAUUACCGGUGAGGAGACUUUACAACUUUGAUUUACUAAAAAUCAAAUUAAAAUGUUAUUUUAGAAGUGUUAUAGGAUAAAUAGAAUUCGCUACUCGUGUUUUUGAAUAUGUAAAAUAUCAACCUCAUCUAGUUAAUGGUUAUUCCUCGACAAAUACUGAUUAACAUGGACUCAGUCAAUAUUUUCCAUAUUAAAAAACACUUAUGACAAAUCCUCUAUAUAUUUUAUAUGCAUAGACCCAUACCCCUGUCCCACUGUGUGCCUACCUUACCACUCCCUGGAUACUCUCUGGAGAAGUAUGUUUUUGAAUACUUUAAGAGUAAACUGCAAGGUGUGUAGUUAAGGGUUUAUUAAAUGUCCAAUCUCAAAAUGUGGUGCUUAUCAAUUGUUUUUGUUGUUAAUUAUUACGUGUCUUUACUUAUUUUAGAGAUGAGUUUUUCAAUUUAACAUCAGUAAUAUAGACCUAAAUUUGAUUGCAACAGAAUUAAUGCUGGCAUUAAAUACUGUAGCAAAACAAACAAAAAACAGAAAACAAAUCAUUAGCUCUAAGCUGUGAUCAUCUUGAUAGUGUUAUGAAAAAUAGUACUUGUUAUGUAUAAUUAUGGUGCAUCAUUGUUCAUUGUUAAUGUAUUCAAGUCUUUGAAUUUUGUCAAAUAAAAUUUGGCACUAUU